UGUCACACAGGCAGAGAGAGAGGCCCGUGUUGCAGUAGGGGGGCGUUAUAGUAGAAGAAGAAGAAGAGGAAGAGAGAGAGAGAGAGAGAGGGGGGGGGAAAAACAACACAAAAAUCAUCUUUUUUACCUGCUUUCUCUGCAUCUUAUAUUCGCUCUCUGUCGUGCAAAUGCCACAUCCCGCUACCAACACCACCACCACCAUCAUCCUCGGCAGCAGAAGCAGCAGCCGCAACUAAUCGCAGCAGCAGCAGCAGCAGCAGCAGCCUCAGUGCUCGUUUCGCAUUAAGGCUAAAAUAAGAGAAAACACCGUGCCAGACAUGGGGGAGAACAUCACGUUUCUCUUGAAGAUGUCAGUCCAUCAAACCAACUGGCCUGUGAUGCUGAUGCCCAGUAGAAGAUCCUGGGAUUGAGACGUACACUGAUGGCCUGGACUGAGUUUCAGCUGGCCUGCUGAAGCUAUGGGGAGCUGUUGGAGCUGUCUGUACAGAGACCCCAUCCGAGACAACCAUCUCACCAAAUUUAAGGUCACCAAUGUGGAUGAUGAGGGCAACGAACUGGGCUCUGGCAUCAUGGAGCUCACACAGACUGAGCUCAUCCUUCACACACGCAAGAGAGACGCCAUCCGGUGGCCAUAUCUCUGCCUGCGACGCUAUGGCUACGACUCCAACCUGUUCUCGUUUGAGAGCGGUCGCCGCUGUCAGACGGGCCAGGGGAUCUUUGCCUUCAAGUGUUCCCGGGCGGAGGAGAUCUUCAACUUGCUCCAGGAACUGAUGCAGUGUAACAGCAUCAACGUGGUGGAAGAGUCGAUGAUGAUGAGUCGCACUGGUCACACGCCAGAGAUGGACAUGGCUCGCACGCCGCAGACUCCCAACACUCCAGGAUUUCCUGUUCAGGCUUUUCCCAAUGGAUACCCAGGUUAUCCUAUUAGAGGCGAUUCCUCUCAGCCCUCUCUUGCUGAUGAUCAUGGACAUAGCCUCAUGGGUUUGGAAGACCAGACCCACACUUAUGUGAAUACUGUUAGCAUGGAGGGGGAUCUGUCUAUGCGUCACUGUAUGCACUCCCUACCAGAGGUGCGGCCCAGCACUUUUACUGAAACAACACGGGGAGUCAUGCCAGUCGGCGGCCAAGGCAACCCGCAGAUUGGCAAUCUGCGGUGUUGUCCACUGGAGGAGCAUAAAGAUGCUCAGGUGUUCUUGCAACCGUCCUCACAGGAGGUCAAAUUCAGGCUGGGCCCCACUCCAGCACAGCGCCAUCUGCUGGAGAGAGAGCGCGAGAGGGAGAGAGAGAGGGAGAGGCACGGGCACAAUCCACACAACCUUCAGCCAGUAGAGGGUGCCACAGGCUCAGAGACAGACGGAGACGAGCCCUCCAUGCACCUGUGCAACUCUCAUUCCUAUCACCAUUUCCUUCACCACGCAGCACACCGCCACCCGGGUCACAAGCAUCCAGACGGCUGUCAGAGCGGCGAGCUCACCUACGAGAACAUCAACGGCCUGAGGAGCGGCCGCAAGCAGCGGCUGAGUCCCAGCAGCGUGUCACAGUCUGUGGGUUCAAGCAGCAGUAGCAGCACGGGGGACAGUCACCCCCACUCCCUGCUGCACCCACACCCUCACGGCCCGGCGUCUCUGCCCCCGCAGGGCUACGCCUGCGAGAGGGGCAUGGGCGGAAGUCACCGUCGGACAGCUCUGCUGAACUAUGAGAACCUGCCCUCCCUGCCGCCAGUGUGGGAGUACAGAGCUCUGCAGCGUGACGAUGAGCAGGAGGAUGAGGAUGAUGAGCAGGAUGAGGAGGAAUAUGAAGAAGAGGAGGAAGACUUUGAUGAAUAUGAGUUCUCAGAGGGCCCUGGGACGCCCAACGGGUACCACCAGGAUAGUCGGGGCAUCCACAGAGAUGCCCUGCAAAACUAUGUCAACACAGAGCAGGUCCAGCCCCGGCUCCCUCACAACUGCCCCCCGCACCCACGGCCGUGUCAACCAGACAGAGGGGGAGGGAUAUUUAGCUUUGAUUUUGGCAAACGAUCGAGGUCAGGGGUCGGAGGAUGUGAGCACAGCCACAUGCCUCCAUCACUGCAGCUGAAUUACAUCCAGGUGGACCUCGAGGGAGAACCUCCCUGCCAAGGCCUCGGUAGCGGAGGUGCCCAGUCCCAGCCACAGCACCAGCGCCUGCCACCCAAAAAAUGUGGCGCACAGGCACCGCGGCGCAGUGAAUGCUACGCGGUCAUUGACCUAAAGAAGACGGCUGCCAUGUCCAACCUGCAGAAAGCUCUGCCCAGGGAUGAUGGGACUUCCAGAAAGACUCGCCACAACAGCACAGACCUGCCUCUGUAAACGGUGUUCCAAACUGAAGAGGAACGACGAAGACAGAUGAAGGCUUAUCCUCAUCUUAGCACACUGGACCCUUCACUGUCAUCCAUCCAUUCAACUGUCGGGCUGACUAAUACAAUACAGGUACCUAAUUAGAAACUUACUGAAACCUAUCUGUGCGUAUAAAAGUAAACGCGCAGUCUCUUGAGGAGAAGUUGCCGCCAUUUGGUUCUCUUUAUUUAUUUCGGUACGCGGGGCGAAAGCUCUCUAACGAAAAUUUGCAGUUUUUUAACUGCAAAUGCUGUUCGCUGGAUUUAUGGAUAUCUAUACGUAAGCAUAAAAUCACACGUUUAAAUGUGUGAUUUUAUGCUUAGCUACGACUUGGAGCAGUGGCCUCUGUUUUCAGUGGAAGUAUUCAUUGCCAUAAUGUAUUAGCAAUUUUUGAAUCCUUUAAGACCAUCUUUAGUCACAAGUUCAGUCAGUGGCAUUUGGUUUUUGUUUGUUUUUACACUGUAAGAGUCAGAAAUGUGACCCACAUUCCAGAAGGCUUAGAGCAGUUGGCAAUUUCGGGAAGGUUAGUGAUUCAGCCAAGUCCCCGGCUGGUAUUCAUACCUCAUCACAAGCACCUGAGUCUGUGUAGAGGAGGCCGUUCUUUGUUACUAUUAUGCCUGUAGAGCAUUUUGCACACAAUCCUAUGGAAUUGUAUUUUAUCAUAUUUAAGAGUUGUGUUGUCCAAAUCGAGUUUGAGAUCGUAAUUGAAUAAAAAAAAAAGAAA